UCGGGGCCGCCCCCGGUCGCGAACAGACGGCAACGCACGGCCGCCUCAGGGCCGCGGGGAUCGGCCAUGGCGGCGCCUCGGCUCUCGCGAUACGCGCGGCUGCCCGUGCCCCGCGCCGCGCUGGAAGCACAAGGACUUCCAAAACAUGCCUUGCGGCAUCACCCACUGCCAGAACCACUAGCGGAGGUGUGCCCAGCCACAGCCACAUCUGGAAACCACGGGCGGGUCUCAAGGGAGUCCAAAAUCCGAAAGGAAUCGACUGACCCUUCUGUUGCUCCACCUGGUGAGGAUUCGUGGUCUGCUGGUCAGAGUUACGCUGGUGCCUCCACUGAAGACAGCUCAGCAUUCUCUUGGGGCUAUGAUGAAUUUGAUAAAGCUGCCACACAACAAGUUCAGCAAAUGUUCGGGCAAAUUGAUGAGCUUCUCUAUGAGCAGACAGAAAAUGUGAGUGUUGAGGGGCUGUGGGAAGAAUGCCGCCAGUGGACAUCCAACUUUCCUCAUCUCAGGGUUGUGGGGAAGCAGAUAGUGAUCCCCACAGAUGAAGAAGGGUAUGGAUGGUAUUCCAGUUCAUCUUCUGGCAUUUUUGGUUCCUUAGAUGUAAGUUCACCACAAGAAAAGGAUUCUAAUGAAUUUAGUGUUUGUGGCAAGAAGGUACCUCUUUCUGUUACUCCCAUUCACAAAAAGGCUGAGCAUCCCAAGUCUCCAACCGUGUGUUCACCAGAGAGUGAAGAAGGAGAAGAUGGAGUUAUUGUUUCUGAAGGCGUAAUGGAGGAAUAUUUAGCAUUUGACUGCAGAGAUGUGGAGGAGGACCUGUGUGGGAGGAAGAUUGGACUGUCUUCUGGCAGACGGAAACUGGGGUUUCCACCUAUUUCUCCGUAUGCCUGCAUGAAGGAUUCUGUGCUCACGUUUGUGUUUGAUGAUGUGUGGAGUGAAGUCCUAGGGUGCAUGGAAGAAUUAAUCUGCAGACACUGGGAAGGGUCGGCUUCUGAUGAUGAGAAAAAUAUCAUAGCAGUAGAAACAAUUCGAGCGGAUGCUGGAAGCCCUUUGCCGUUUGAUCCUCUGCCAGCGCUGUUACCUCGUGUGCCACCGACUAAAAUGCCCCCAGUGACAUCCAAUCUGUGCCCAAAACCCAGAUGUGGCCGCAAAAGCAAAAAGAGGAGAAAACCACCUCAAGCAUCUGUUUCUCAAGGGUCAAGUACUGGCUCUCAACAUAAUCUAAGUGGCUUGAUGGUGAUCCAUGGGAUCCAGUUACAGCAACGGAAUCUGCCUGCAAUGGAGAAAACUAUAGACCUGGAUGACAAACAGCCAUGUUCCAGUUCCAUCCUCUCUACCACAGUGUGGCCAAACCAUCCUCUAGAGCUGAGUACAUCAUCCCUGUCGCGUUCCACAAGGUGGCAAAACCCACUGCAGUGUACCCUGCAUCCCAUCAAUACCAGCCACUCCCGCAUGAGCACCCCUGGGUCUGUGGACGAUGUCUUCAGGGGAACUCGCCUCCCAAGGGCACACGAGCAGCUGACCUCAGCCUCCCCUCAGCUCUGGGGCCGACACCAGCUCCUACCACCUAUUGCUACCACCAGUGUGGCAAAGCACGCAAGCACUGCAGGAUCCCAGAGGCAAACGAAAUCUCGAGGGAACUCAAGUCGAGUUCACAGUGUUACAGCACAUGAAGAUACCCACCAGCAGCUACAGGAGCAGCUUCUCUUACCCGACCAUUUCUCCAGGGCUAACACAAUCAACAGAGUCUCGCCAGAUCCACAGCGCCGCCGUUCUUGCACUGUUAUUGAUUAUAGCAGUCAGUCUCGGAUAAGCAGAGGACCAGUGGGUUCAGGUCUUCAGCUGCACGGUUCUGUGAAAGCCCGCAGGCGAAGCGGAUCAGUCACAAAAAGCAAACAGGGGUUCUGACAUAACACGAAGAAGUACCCAUCCCUCUCCAGAGAGUUGUGAACCACUUCUCAUCCUCAGCAAUG